AUGUGUCCUUCCCAUCAUCUGAUUCAGCAACUACGCCGGGCGCAUUCCAUUUUCCUUCUUCAUCAUGAUAUCACACUUGACGCUUUAUACAAACGUGUUGGCAGGUCCACAUUCUGCCCCCUCCUAGAGAACUUCUGGUUACGAUUUGCCUGGAACUGGGAUAUUCUUCUAAGCGGAAACCCUGCUGUGGAUGUAUAUAAUGGCAUAAAGCUUUCUGCUGGCGGCGAGCUGGGCAUUGGCGUCGGCGAGGAAGAAUGGGGAAGCGGGGAGAGGGAGGUGUUUGAAGACUUCGUGGCACGGACAGAUGGCCUUGUGGAUCUAGUGGUCUCUCGAUUUGGUGACCCGAAUACGCUUGGUGAGAGUGCUGCAACCGCAAAUAAAUCAGCAGAUACCACACGCGAUGACGAUGAAACGCACUGGCUUGGCUUAGACACAUAUCCUCGACCAUCAGACGGUGUUAUAUUCUCAGGUGUAGGAACCAUCUCCAGGUCUUCUGUGGUGCGCAUCUCACAGUGGAUGGAGUGGAUUUACAAAUACGGUAUCGACGCAUAUGGGGUGGGUGAAGACCCAACAUCACCACGACGUCGAAAACACCGAAGGAGACAACGAGGUCGCCCUAGAAGAGAUGCAAAUGCAAUGACACAAGCUAGAGGAAAUUCCCAAUCUAGAGACACAGAUGGCAGUUUUUCUCCAGGUAUACCACGCCCACUUGUGGUGGGGACGACACAAUCAACACAGCCUCCACAAGGGCCUGAUGGAGUAAGCCUACAAUCAAGCGGCGAAACCUCCCCUGCAAGAAGUGAUAAAGGCAGUGACUGGAUGGGUGUGACAACAGGUACAUUUGUCAAAUACCUCACGCUCGGAUACGGUUCAUCCUGGAGCAUGUCUAGGACACCCAGCGCACAUCCCCGCGUUGAAGCGUUGAAGCGAGAAGACGACUCAGCCAGCUCGAACAAGCAGACAGGUCCACCUACAGAUGGUCAGGAAGGGUCUGAAGAAAGUCCUUCUGUGCCUGAGGAUCCUCCCAAACCUGAAAGCCGUGGUAAAUUUCUCAUUGGUUUAAAAAAUGAGAAAGCGAAGAGAGAUAGCAAGUCUUUAGAGACUGAUCCAACAAUCAAGAAAUCGAGGGAUAGAAUAACCCAAAGGACGUUACAUAUGUACUUGGCAAACCCAUCAGAAGAUAAUCCAUCAGGUCAGUCUUACACUGCUCCACUCUUGUUGAUCUCAGUGCUAAAACCGAUUGAUCUCCAGGCACAAUACAACAACGAGCAGUAG